AUGUCAAUAACAUAAUUACGCUGUAUUAUCAGUAAAUAAAUCUACAAUGAGUGUAGCCUCAGUUAGUUUGAUUCUGAAAAAUCUUGGCUGAAUUCUUUGAUCUUAAAUGAAACGAGCUGUCGGUUGAGCUAGGAUCCGACUUACUUUUUAAACCAACAGUAAACGCUUAUUAAAGGUUUGCGGGAAAUUCAAACUUUACCAUUCUACUACAAAUGCGAACAAUCUUUGAUAUGGUUUUUCGGCUUAUGGCAUCAAUUUUCUUCGUGUUCUCAGUUGUGAUUUGUUCCAACGUCGUUUUGUAUUUAUCUUUGAGUGGUGUAAACGUAGUUGAAGCUAAAAAAACGUCAGGGAGGGUGACAUGGGAACGGUAGAAUUCGGUCUGAUGUUUCAUUUCGUACGUUCCGAAGUCAGCGAAGAAUGUCAGCUGUUCGUAACUCAAUAUGGAUGUAGAAUAACAGUAGCAAAGAGUGUUCAGUGUGUGUACUGGUUUAGAGAGUUUUUUUGUUGCCAAGGUCGUAUAAUAAAUCCUACGAAAAAUUUGUUUCUUCGGGGAGUCCUUCGAUUUAUGCAAAAUCUAGCGCGCAACGUGGAUGUGUUGACACAGGGAUUUAAAUACGGUAUAUCAGGACUCAUGAACCUCGCAAAUCAAACCGCGGAUCCUCAGAGUGGUGUUUUCUUUGUAAAUUUCAAUCAAGAUUGCACAUCCCUCGCAGUUGGUACAAAGUCUGGGCACAAAAUCUUCUCCCUCAACUCUGUUGACCAGUUGGAAAAGAUCUACGAAAAUGAUUCUGAAGACAUAUGCAUCGUGGAACGUUUGUUCAGCAGCAGUCUUGUGGCAGUGGUCAGCCUGUCCUCCCCCCGUAAGCUGAAAGUAUGUCAUUUCCGAAAAGGCACCGAAAUUUGCAACUACAGUUAUUCCAAUACGAUUCUGGCUGUGAAACUGAAUAGAGCGAGAUUAGUGGUAUGUCUUGAAGAAUCAUUGUAUAUCCACAACAUCCGUGACAUGAAGGUGCUGCACACAAUUCGUGAUACCCCUCCAAACCUCGCAGGACUUUGCACGCUCUCCAUAAAUAGCGAUAGUUGUUACCUUGCCUAUCCUGGAUCCAAUACUAUAGGAGAAGUUCAGAUAUUCGAUGCAAUCAAUCUUCAAGCAAAAACGAUGAUACCAGCACAUGACAGUCCAUUGGCAGCCCUAGCUUUCAAUCCAACGGGAAACAAAGUAGCAACAGCUUCGGAAAAGGGGACUGUUAUCAGAGUAUUUCAUGUACACGACGGUGCUAAAUUAUUUGAAUUCCGGCGAGGUGUGAAGAGAUGUGUAUCUAUCAGUAGCCUUGCAUUCAGUAUGGACUCUUUAUUUCUUUGCUGUUCUAGUAAUACUGAAACUGUACAUGUCUUUAAACUGGAAGAACCCAAAGAAGUACCAGCUCCUGAAGAAGCCCAAAGCUGGAUGGGUUAUUUGACAAAGGCAGUAUCGGCUUCGGCGAAUUAUCUACCAUCCCAGGUGACGGAUGUCUUUAAUCAAGGUCGAGCUUUUGCCAGUGUACAUCUUCCGUUCCAGGGCCUCAGGAACGUCUGUGCCAUUACGAAAAUCCAAAAAGUACUGAGGUUAUUGGUGGCCAGCGCAGAUGGAUAUCUGUACGUUUAUAAUCUCGAUAUGGCAGAAGGAGGAGAUUGCACGCUACUCAAGCAGCACAGAUUGGAUGGAAAGCAGGAUGAAGUAGAUGGUCCAACUGUAUCAACGAUGGCGCCUGGGACAGGUGAAGCACCCGCAGUAGCUCAGACAGUACAAAAUACAGAUUGUGUUACAUGAAAAAAGCACAUUCUCCUGUACCUCUAACGGAGUCUUCAAGGACAAGAAAUCAACGCAGGUUUUACAAAACUAUAAAUUUUCCAAAAUACAUGUAACGUGCCAUCUUUAUUCACAAGUUAAUUUAUUGAAUUUAUUUAAUUUCUCACAAUAAUAAUAGAUGUACUUUGAUAACUUCUAGUUAAAAUUUCAAUUAGACCUGUUCAGCUGUGAUUCUAAAUUCAUAAGUUUAGUCAGAAAUACGAUAUCACAUUGCGCGUCUAUGCAACUAGCUGUGAUGGAUGGAGAGAGAAGAAAUAUCCUAUCCUACUUGUUCUCCAAUCACUCAGAACUCGCAAAAUAGUUAAUUUUUCUUUGCUUCUUUUUCCCAGCUCUUCUUCUCUGUUCUAUUAUGAUUUUUUCAUUUUUUAUUUUAUCUGAAAGAUUUUUUUUUCAUAAUUUUUUUAUUACUGCACACACUUAUGCACAUUUCUUUGACUGUAGAAAUAAAAAAAAAAUCAAACCGGAAUUGUAGUCGAGGAAUCUUUGAAUAUAUGUGCAAAAUAUUCACAUUACUAUUAAGCUUAAUUUACUGUGUAAAAUAGUUCCUCGAACUGCCAAUUUUUGGAAACUUCCAUUAUAGUUGUUGACAUAAUUGUAGAUAAUGGAGUUGCAAAAGCUUUGUAAAAUUACAGAAUAAUUUCAAGUCAGCUGCCUAUCGAUAUAAUUAUCUACAUUGUCAUCUCAAAAUCGCGAUUGAAAUUUUCUCACCCCUUUUUUUGGAUAUAGACGAUCGAUGGGAUCACAGUUAUUGAGCACCCAUAGAUAUCGAGUAUUGUUGAAGAUAUUUUGAACCGUACAUCGGAGUAGUUCGGCAUGGUUACAAAGUUGUAAUAUUACAAGAGUAGAUUCGAUUCUCACUUACGAUUAGAUUAGUUGCUUCCUCCAACUACGAUGAGAGCUGUUUAUUUAUCGUACCCUCUGUCCGUUGCGAUAACGUCCAAAAAUAAAAUUGAGACAUUAUUGCUAAUUUUCCUAAUCGCUUCUAACCCCCUUACGAUACUAUGGAUCUCUUGGGGGAUAGUGAGCCUCAGUUGACCUCACUUGAUGUGUAUAUAUUUUUUUUUCUUUUUAUUAUCUGCGGAAGGCUGCAUAAAUAGCUACGCGGGUGCAUUGCGCGGCCGUUCGCCAGACUCCAUGUCAGGUACUGGUAUGUCCUCUUUCUCCCCCACUUCUCACUUUCUUACCAUAAUCUGAUUCAAUCAAUGUAAUCAUUCAUACCUGGUGUCCUCUCUCUUCGUCUCACUAUAUAUACCACGAUCAUUUUUACUUUGCCAACGGAUUAGCUUACCACUCUGCUUCGACACAUACAUACACAUGUAUGUAUAUUUAUAUCUCUCAAAUCUCACAUAUCUAGCCGUGCAGAUACAAACUUCGAUUACAUCAUUUUUUGGGGUAUGCUUGGACGUUUGUGAAAAAACCGCUUAACUUAAUAAUCCCUUGAAAAUGCAUUGGACUAUUGGUGCAAAGACUUUCGAAGAUUUCCUGUAUUGUUACUACUUAAAAUUCCCCUUUUUAUUGCAUGGAAUCACAUAGUAAAUUUUUUUCCUACGAGAUGUGGACCAAGAAUUGAUGUGCAAUACUUUAUAGCGUGUUACAAAAUCAUUCAAAAAAUUUAAUACUUCAUUGGAAUUUCGUAACUCACAUUACGAACCUAUACACAUGAUCUAUACAUAUCGAAUCCAAAUGAGAACAGCACACAUGCAUUAUCAAUAAUAAAAGCAACGAUCAUUUCACAUAAUUAGAAUAAAAUUAAUCAAUUCUAUUCCCAAGACGACGAUAAAAAAUUAGAAAUAAAUAAAACUUCGAAAAUGGCAGUAAAAACAAUUUGGUUUGGUUUGAAAUAGAGAAUAGUUUUCGUGGAUGACUUGUCUUGCAACUGAUUUAUGUUCAGUCGGAAAGGUAUUUAUAUUUUAUUAUAUGUUGAUUCGUUAAUUUAUUUUGUUUUUUGAUUAGUUAUAAUAUACUUGGUAAAUUUAUGUCUCAUGCCACGCUUUGACAUUUGAAGUACAUCGGACGUCUAUUAUCUAUGGAGGGAUGUUUGUCUUUUCGAAUCGUUUACGUGUUACGAUAUUAAGAGAUUCGUCAUUCUUUCCAAGUAUUUAUAUCACUCCAACGCAAAAUGAGGGGGGCAUUUGUCGGAAGCGUAAAAUUCAAUAUCGUCAACUUGAUUUUCACGAAAGCUUAUAACGUGUUGAUCGAAAAACUUCUUUUUAUUUACAAUUCUCGCUUUUGAAUAUUCAUAUCAUAUCCCCCAUUGAUAAAAAUAUAGCAACUGCGUGAACCAUAUUGAAAAAUCUUCAAUUCACCCGUGGAAUCAUUAAAUAUAUCUACUGUUUAUAUUACUCGUUUAUAUAUCGUCAUAAUCACAGAAUGUCAUUGCGUAUAUUACUCAUACAUAAAUUUAAUUUAAUUAUGUAAACAAAAAAUAUAUCUUCAGUAUUAUUAAUCUUAGUAAAAUGAUUUAUAGAAUCAGAAAAGUUUCACGAGAUGGUAGCUGCUACAGAGAGUCCACCAAAAGGUGGAUUUCGUUUGGACGACGAUGCUGAAUUUCCACCGGUUACACAAAGGACCGAUUGAAUGCUUUGUUUUACAUAUCUUAUGAGGAGAAUUCGAAUGACGAAAAACAAAAUGGCGAAUAUAAGAAAAAAAAGGCGCAGUGGACCAUUUUCUGACAAUUUGAGCAGGCGAUCAAGAAACACGCCUAUUUACUUCAUUUAUAUUUUUUUCAAAACAUGGUGUUAAUGUAAAACUGUUUUUAUGAAAAAAUAUAGCAUGAGAUUUUUUAGUUGAAUAAUUGAUGACUCAAAAAUAAAAAAAAACAAACUGAAAACGGAAAAUAUAUAAAUAAAUAAAUCAACAUAUAAGUAAUUACGUGAGUUUUACUGUUGAUCAAACAUAUUAGGGGUUGCAUUCUUAGCAUUUUGUUUCUUUAAUUUAUUUUCUUUGGUUCAGUUACAAAUUGAAAUUGGUGCCAAUUGUAUACCCACUCGGAUGCAGGAAGAAAAGAGAGAACUUUUCAAGUUUGAUUGAUUAAUUGAUCAAUUAAUAAUUUUAUUGUAUAUUACGUAGAGCACUGUGUUUACUGUAACUAUAAUCUGUAUGUCACGAAGUGAAUUUGUAUCUUCAUUUACUAUAGUAGACGGGGCAUUCGGCAUUUUUAUUUGCUAGGCCAGUGUAAUAGAUCUACGAUAAUUUGGAAGUUUUAUACUAACUCGUCUUGUUUGAUAAAUAGCGUUAAUUUUAUAAAGAUUAAGUAUAAUGACAAAAAACAAUAAAAAAAGAUAAAAAAAUAAAAAUUAAAUGAUGAAGAGGAAAAAGCCAAUUAAUCACUGUAAAUACGUAAGCUUAUUGUAUCGAUAUUGUUAUGUAUAAUUUCUUACCAACAUAUAUUAUAUGAGUACGCUAGCAAAUUAUAGCCAAUUGUUUUUCAUUAUCAAAA